AUAAAGUUUCUCUCUCUUAUUUUUUGAAAUUCUCUCUCUCCCCUUCCAGGUCCAGCCUCUCUGCCGCUCUCCGAGUCCCCUCAGACCUUGGCCGAAAACGGUGUCUGCGAAUUUCUAUCGGCGCAUGAAUCACUCAUAGAUAACGCAAAGUUGCUGCCUUUGCACUUGACUGAAGGAAAAAAGGAGAAGAAGACAAAUACAUCGCUGGAUUUGUUGGCUAGCCUUGUCAACAUGGCAUCCGCAAAUCCCUUUUUUGAUGAUCUUCGCUUGAAACCGGAGGUUGUUCAUACCCAACAAGUUGAGGAGGUGAUGGGCAUUGGUGAUCACUCAAUUGACCCUGCUCAAUCUUCUGUGAAGCCUAAUCUGACCAUCUCUAGUAGUGUUCGUGAACUGUUAGAGUGUCCUGUGUGCUUAAAUGCCAUGUACCCACCGAUUCAUCAGUGUUCAAAUGGGCAUACCAUUUGUUCAGGUUGUAAACCGAGGGUUCACAACCGAUGCCCUACUUGUAGACAUGAACUUGGAAACAUUAGAUGCCUUGCUUUGGAGAAAGUGGCAGCAUCUCUUGAGCUUCCAUGCAAAUAUCAGAGUUUUGGGUGUAUGGGGAUAUACCCUUAUUACAGCAAGCUGAAACAUGAAUCCCAAUGUGUUUUCAGACCAUACAGUUGUCCUUAUGCCGGGUCAGAAUGUUCAGUUGUUGGCGACAUUCCUUAUCUCGUAGCUCAUCUGAAAGAUGAUCACAAAGUUGAUAUGCACAAUGGGAGCACCUUCAACCAUCGAUAUGUCAAGGCAAAUCCUCAUGAAGUUGAGAAUGCAACAUGGAUGUUGACGGUUUUCAGCUGCUUUGGCCAAUACUUCUGCCUCCAUUUCGAAGCCUUCCAGCUCGGGAUGGCUCCGGUCUACAUAGCAUUCCUACGGUUCAUGGGCGACGAAGAUGAAGCUAAGAACUACAGGUACAGCCUCGAAGUGGGCGGUAAUGAGAGGAAGAUGAUAUGGCAAGGCAUUCCCCGGAGCAUACGAGAUAGUCACCGGAAAGUCCGAGACAGUUUCGACGGCCUUAUCAUCCAACGGAAUAUGGCCCUUUUCUUCUCUGGCGGCGACCGGAAAGAACUGAAGCUUCGCGUCACCGGAAGAAUCUGGAAAGAUCAGUGAUGCAUUCUUUGAAAGAUCUGCCAUCAUUCAAUUGGAGAAAUAUAUAUUUAAGUUUAUUAUAUCUAUGGCUAUAUCUGGUCUAGUCUUUCUUUCUUUCUUUUUUUAAAUCACGUGUUGUUUUUGUAAGGGUACAAAAAAGCAAACUCUUGUUGCUUUGUCAAUGUGUCCUAAAUCCUAAUAUUAUAUCGAAACUAUGGCCAGGUCAUCCUACGUCAUCAUAUAGUGUUCUUGAA